GCCAUCGUCCACAGCUCCGCGGAGCUCACUCCAAUGGCGGCAUCCCUUCUCCCGCUUCUCCCUUCCUUCAAGACCAAUCCCCUCCUCUCUCCCUCCAAGGUCCUCCGAACUCUCGCCGCCCCUCGUCACCUUCCUCUUCGCCUGGCAGUUGCGGCAGCAACAACCAUCGAGACUACCAAUGGCGCCGUUUCCGCUUCCAAGGAUAACCUAGAUGGUGCCUCGUAUGGAAGGCAGUUCUUUCCCUUGGCCGCAGUUGUAGGGCAGGACGCGAUCAAGACCGCUUUGCUGCUCGGAGCCAUCGACCGUGAGAUUGGAGGGAUUGCCAUCUCGGGGAAGCGCGGGACAGCCAAGACAGUGAUGGCGCGGGGGAUACAUGCUAUGCUUCCUCCUAUUGAGGUUGUUAAGGGUUCCAUAGCGAAUGCAGAUCCAAAGUGCCCGGAAGAGUGGGAAGAUGGAUUAGCUAAUAAAGUGGAGUAUGAUGCUGAUGGUAAUGUCAAGACAGAAAUUGUGCACUCUCCUUUUGUUCAGAUUCCACUUGGUGUCACAGAAGAUAGACUUAUUGGAUCAGUUGAUGUUGAGGAAUCUAUAAAGUCAGGGACAACUAUAUUUCAACCUGGGCUGCUUGCUGAAGCUCAUAGGGGUGUCUUGUAUGUUGAUGAGAUAAAUCUUUUGGAUGAGAGUAUCAGCAAUCUGCUUCUAAAUGUCCUGACAGAUGGGGUCAACAUUGUGGAAAGGGAAGGAAUAAGUUUCCGUCAUCCAUGCAAGCCACUCUUAAUAGCUACUUACAACCCAGAGGAGGGUUCGGUUCGUGAACAUUUGCUUGAUCGGAUUGCAAUUAACUUAAGCGCAGAUCUCCCCAUGAGUUUUGAUGAUCGGGUUGCCGCUGUUGGUAUUGCAACACAGUUUCAGGAAUCUAGCAAGGAUGUAUUUAAGAUGGUAGAGGAAGAAACCGAGUUUGCAAAAACUCAGAUAAUUUUGGCUAGAGAAUAUUUAAAGGAUGUCAGCAUCAGCAGAGAUCAACUGAAGUACUUGGUUAUGGAAUCUUUGCGAGGUGGUUGUCAGGGACAUAGAGCUGAGCUAUAUGCUGCUCGAGUGGCCAAAUGUCUAGCUGCUCUAGAAGGACGUGAGAAGGUCAAUGUGGAAGACCUUAAAAAAGCGGUAGAGUUAGUCAUUUUACCUCGCUCAAUGGUCGCAGAGAACCCGAAAGAACAGCAAAAUCAGCCACCUCCACCCCCACCUCCCCCUCCACAGAGCCAGGAUGACUCUGCAGAGGAUCAGAAUGAGGAAAACGAAGAGGAUGAGAAGGACAAUGAUGAGGAGAAUGAGCAGCAAGAGCAGGAAAUUCCUACGGAAUUUAUUUUUGAUGCUGAAGGUGGCCUAGUGGAUGAGAAGCUCCUUGUCUUUGCACAGCAAGCUCAAAGACGUCGGGGAAAAGCUGGACGAGCCAAGAAUAUUAUUUCCUCAGAGGAUCGAGGUCGAUAUGUUAAACCUAUGCUUCCAAAGGGCCCUGUUAAGAGACUGGCUGUUGAUGCAACAUUGAGAGCAGCUGCACCAUAUCAAAAGCUGCGCAGGCAGAAAGACAUUCAUAAGGCAAAAAAAGUUUAUGUUGAAAAAAGUGACAUGAGAGCAAAAAGAAUGGCCAGAAAAGCAGGUGCCCUUGUUAUCUUUGUAGUUGAUGCAAGUGGAAGUAUGGCACUAAACCGGAUGCAGAAUGCAAAAGGUGCUGCACUGCAAUUACUAGCUGAAAGUUAUACAAGUAGAGAUCAGGUAUCAAUCAUUCCUUUCCGUGGAGAUUUCGCAGAAGUUCUCCUGCCUCCAUCGAGGUCAAUAGCGAUGGCCAGGAAGCGUCUUGAGAAGCUUCCAUGUGGGGGUGGUUCUCCCUUGGCUCAUGGUCUUAGCACGGCUGUCAGAGUUGGACUUAAUGCUGAGAAGAGUGGUGAUGUUGGCCGAAUUAUGAUUGUGGCCAUUACGGAUGGAAGGGCUAACAUAUCAUUGAAGAGAUCUACUGAUCCUGAAAGCGCUGCUUCAACUGAUUCGCCUAGGCCCUCUUCAAAAGAAUUAAAGGAUGAGAUUCUGGAUGUGGCUGGGAAAUAUACAAGGCAGGGGAUGUCGCUUCUAGUCAUCGACACUGAAAACAAGUUUGUGUCAACAGGCUUUGCUAAAGAAAUUGCAAGGGUUGCCCAAGGAAAAUAUUAUUACUUACCAAACGCUUCUGACGCUGUUAUCUCUGCUACAACAAAGGAAGCGUUGACGGUGUUAAAAAGUUCGUAAAUCAGUCUUCUCCAAACACAUUGCAGUAUAAUUGUAGAGUUUUUUUUUUUGUGGUUGCUCAAUAGGUUUGCUCAUUUGAUAAAUGCAAUAGUUUGUAUUUGUUUGUCUCAAGUUUGUAAUAUCAUCUGAUUUAACAUUAUCCUCAUCGGCAUUGUCACAAAUUCAUUGCAGAAGUAUUACUUA